UGUAAAGUGUUAACACUACUUAUUCACUUUCUGAUCUUACCAAGAAGCCAUUUAUACAGCUCUAAACAAAUAUAAAAAAUGACAGAAAACAUUUAUGCAAAUUUCGAAGACCUGGGAAUAACCUGCAAUGAUAAGACACAGGUGUCUCCUAAAAUAGGUACUCAGUGUAUACAAGGUUGUGGAACAAAGGUCUUCUACAUUUUAAUCGUAAUCUUGGUUAUACUUUUGGCGUGCGUUAUGAUAUUAGGAAUCGUGAUAAAUAAUCAAAAGAAGGAAAUGGAAAAUGUACAUGUCACCCUCAGUACAAGGAAUGCUUCUUUGGACAAUUUGAUGCAAGAGAACUAUGAGCAAAAGAAGGAAAUGGAAAAUUUACGUGUCAUUCUCAGGACAAUGAAUGCUUCACAACAGACCAUUGCUUCUUUGGACAGCUGUAAGCAAGAGAACAGUAAACGGCAAACCUGCAAUAAUGGUUGGGAGUGUUUCCUAAUGUGUUACACGUUUUCAGAUGACUAUAAGAACUGGAAUGAUGCUAGACGUGCAUGUGAGGAAGACAAUUCCCAUCUGAUAGUAAUCAAUUCUGACCAGGAACAAGAUGUGUUUGUCAACAUGGUUACUUCUCAUAUUUGGAUUGGCUUGACAGAUCAACAACAAGAAGGGACAUGGCAAUGGGUGGAUGGAACAAGCUAUCAACAUGUAGCAAAAUUUUGGCAUGAAGGUAACCCAGAUGAUUAUAAUAAGAAAGAAGACUGUGUCGAGUUAUAUCAUAUUGAUGGUAAGACUCUUUGGAAUGACAAUGACUGCACCAAAAAACAGAAGUGGAUCUGUGAAAAAAACUUCAGUGCGAUGAAGCAGAGGGACGUUGCUUAUCCUAAACCACCCACUUCACAACAAUGGAGUGGAGUGACUCGAUCAAUGCAAACCCACGUAGAUGGAGCCAAUCAGGAGAGACCAGAUGAUGACCUUAACCUAAGUGAAGCUGAAGCCAGUGAAAAUGAAGCAGGGGACCCACUAGAGAAUGGGCCUCACCGAAUUGAAAGGCUUAGAAAUCAAAGAGCAAAUCAACCCAUUAAUCCAGGGAAUAAUCAGUCUACAAAUUUUCAACAUGGACAGGGACGCAGAUGA